UACUACAAUAAUGUCUAAACGAAAAUUUGAAAGUGGAGCUUCAAAAAGAAAAAGAAUGGAUCAACAUUUGUUAAUUAAAUGUGCCAACAAUAAAACUCAAAAAAAGUUAAAUUUUUAUUUAGCAAAAAGUACCGAUGUAACACUUCCAAAAAAUGCUCUUAUUGGUGUGUUUGACAAGAUUUGCAAUUAUUGUCCAGGAAUUAUGUACGAAGACUUUCGAAAUGAAUAUAUAAACUUCAUAUCAAAAUGGAAAGAAAUAAAAAAAAAUAUUGACUGUGUAUAUACUGAACUACAAGACUAUGAUGAAAAUAUUGAUGAAUGUUCAAAUGAUGUUGAAAUUUUAGUAUCGUGUAGUCAUAAUCCAAACACGAAUGCAAAAUAUUGUGUAGUUUGUUGCUUUGAUGUGCUUGUGAAAUACAACUUAUACACAAAUGCAUAUCCCAGUCUGUUGCGUAUAAACUAAUGCUGACAUUAUCCGUAACACAAGUAGGAUGUGAAAGGAGUUUUUCUAAAUUGAAAUAUAUAAAAAACUACUUGAGAAAUACAUUGGGCCAAGACAUUUUAGAAAGUUUCAUGCUAAUGAAUGUUGAAAAAGAUUUACUUAGUACAAUUGGUUCAAAUGAUGUGAUCAAUAAAUUAGCUGCUAGGAAUAGUACAUUUAAAAAUUUGUUAUAAUUUUAAUAACUAUAUUUUUUUUUAAAUUUAUUGUGUAGUACAUAAUAUAUAAUAUGAUUUGAUUGUAAAAAGUAUUGCGAGCGAAGCGAGGAUUUUUUUUUAUAUAUAGUACAAUAUAUAGGCCCUAGUUAUAUGAGGCCCCAAUAAAUAUAUCCCGGUAAAAAAAAAGUACCUAUCCGCCCAUGCU